CAGAGAUCGGCUGCCCAAUCAGCUUCGUCUUUUGUGACAGUUUGAAAACGUUGGCGGCCGUGCAAAUUAAGUGUACGACUGAGGAGUUUUUGCCACGCUUUUGAAGUCAUUACCCACUGAUUUUUUUUCCCCACGAACAUGCAGAAUAAAGAGAAUUGUGAGCCUCGGACUUUCCAGCGGCCGUUUGCCACCCCAAGUAUGGCGGUGGGCCCACAACGUGUUCUAAUGAAGCCGCGGCCAGACACUACUGACAAAAAUGUCAGCACAGGACCAGGAAGAGAAUGUGUCACUUCGUCUUCUGGUCCAUGUGCAAAGAAGAUCACCAUCGAUGACUUUGACAUCGGUCGACCCCUCGGGAAAGGCAAGUUUGGCAACGUGUACCUCGCCAGGGUGAAGAAGAUGCAUGCCAUCGUGGCUCUGAAGGUGCUCUUCAAGUCAGAGAUGGAGAAAGAGGGUGUGGAGCACCAGCUGAGGAGGGAGAUCGAGAUCCAGGCCCGUCUCAAGCAUCCCAACAUCCUUCGCUUUUACAACUACUUCCACGAUCGAAAGAGGGUGUUUCUGGUGCUGGAGUAUGCUCCACGUGGCGAAAUGUACAAGGAGCUACAGAGGUGUGGACGAUUUGACGAGAAGCGUGCCGCCACUUACAUGGAGGAGAUAUCUGACGCACUCCAGUACUGCCACGAGAGGAAGGUGAUCCAUCGCGACAUCAAGCCAGAGAAUCUACUCCUUGGCUACCGUGGAGAGCUAAAAAUAGCCGACUUUGGUUGGUCCGUACAUGCACCUUCUCUCAGACGUCGUACAAUGUGCGGCACGCUGGACUACCUCCCUCCCGAGAUGGUCGAGGGCCACACCCACAGCGAGAAGGUGGACUUAUGGUGCAUCGGGGUCCUCUGCUACGAAUGCCUGGUGGGGAACCCGCCCUUUGAGACGUCUAACCAUGCCGAAACGUACAAAAGAAUCAUGAAGGUGGAUCUGAAGUUCCCUCGGAUUAUCCCAGACGGAGCACGGGACCUGAUCUCCAAGCUGCUCCGCCACUGCCCCAGCGAUCGCCUCUCCCUGCAGAGCGUUAUUGAUCACCCGUGGGUGCGUUCCAACUCCCGCCGGGUCUUGCCUCCUAGCUGUCCUACCGACACCUUGUGAGCCCCCAAAUCAAACCCCCUCACCCCUUCCAGGGCUGUUUUUUUUCCCUUUUUUAUUCUGUCCACUUUCAUUCUACUGCCAUGGUUUUGUGGUGGAUAGAAAUUAUUCUUCUUCAUUUUAUAUUGUACAGUGUGGUGUAUAUUUUAUCUGUCGUCAAGAGGUAUUGUUUUAUUGUCAUUUUUUUUUCUCUGACAAAUGUUUCUGAUGGUGUUGACACCAAAGUACUCCUCAACACUGCCUCAAGAUGCGUGGGGCUUUUAAGUAAAGCUACAAUUCUAAUAAUAAACAUCAUAAUGCUGUUGUAGGAUGUUAUUACAAAGGAGGUGGUUUUAGAGUGAAAUAUAGGAAAAUGUAUGGUAAUGUACUGUAGCAUCAAUUUUAAAAAAUGGACAGGCAUUGGGUACUGCUGGGAAAUAAUGAAAGGGGAAAAGAACGGCAAAGAAGUGUUUGGUGAUGGUUUCAGCCUUAGUCUCUUUUUAUUUUAUUGAUAAAAGCACAGUAACCAAAUUUUUCAUAAAGAUACACUUUUUUUAAAGCCACCUGACUGUACUAUCAAUGUUUCAAUAAUGAGACAAAUCAGCCGCUUGUCAACUUUUAUUUGAUAUUUCAU